AUGGCUAGUCAAGAAGUUUUAGUUUUAAGAGGUACCUUAGAAGGUCACGGAGGUUGGGUUACCUCAUUAGCAACCACUGCUGCUCACCCAGAUUUAUUAUUAUCAGGUUCAAGAGAUAAAACUUUAAUCACUUGGAAAUUAACUGGUGAUGACAGUCAAUACGGUGUCCCAAAAAAAUCAUUCAAAGGUCACUCCCACAUUGUUCAAGAUGUUACUAUCUCAGCUGAUGGUGCUUACGCUUUAUCAGGUUCAUGGGAUAAAACCUUAAGAUUAUGGGAUUUAGAAACCGGUGAAUGUACCAAAAGAUUCGUUGGUCACGAUUCCGAUGUUUUAUCAGUUUCUAUUGCCAAAAACUUAAGACAAAUUGUCUCAGCUUCAAGAGAUAAAACCGUUAAAGUUUGGAACACCAUUGGUGAAUGUAUGCAAACUUUAAAAUCUCACUCAGAUUGGGUUUCUGCUGUUAGAUUCUCACCAUCUGAUGAAGGUGUUUCAACUGUUAUCUCAGCUUCAUGGGAUAAAACUAUUAAAUCAUGGGAUUUAUCUGAAUACUCAUUAAACGCUGAUUUCAUUGGUCACUCAGGUUACAUUUCAUGUAUCACUAUCUCCCCAGAUGGAUCAUUAUGUGCUUCUGCUGGUAAAGAUUCAUACAUUAUCUUAUGGGACUUAAACUCAAACAAACCAUUAUACACCUUAAAUGCUAACGCUGAAGUUCAUGCUUUAGCUUUCUCUCCAAACAGAUAUUGGGUUGCUGCUGCCACUGCCACUGGUAUUAAAAUCUUCAACUUACAAGAAAGAUCUUUAUUAGAUGAAUUAAAACCAGAAUUCGCUAUUGGUGCUAAAGCUAAAGACCCAGAACCAAUCUCAUUAGCUUGGUCUGCUGAUGGUCAAACUUUAUUCGCUGGUUACACUGAUAACUUAAUCAGAGUCUGGCAAGUUAUGACCUCAUCCGCUUAA